GUGAGACUUCACUCGACACCUCAACUCCAGCUUUGCCUCUCAUCUGCUUCGCUCCUACCCUAAUGACUCUAUUCUACUCGACCCUACCCCUCACCACCACCUAUUACACCGCCUAGCUCUGCCCAUCCAUUCCCCUAGAGUAAAGGAGCAGGCAUCGUAACCUCCUGGGCAUCAUUGUCAGCAUCGCACUCAGCCAUUACGCGGCCAGAUGAUGUCCAGCGGUCCUCACCUCGAUGUGACGGCAUCAAGACCUCGUCCAAGACCGCCAGGAGCAAGGCGCAUUAGCAAUACAAACCAGCGCAUCGACCACGAUGACAUCGACGUAGGACAGCCAUCUUCGUCCUCCUCGCAACCUUCCUCAUCGACUGCAGGCCCACCAUCCCCUCGCAAGGCCAUUCCCAAGAUCGCCUCACAUUCGCACCUCGACCUCGAUUUAGACCUCGACCUGCCCUCUCACCUUACAGCCGCACUUCAGGAGAGCGCGCGGGUCGGUCACAGCGGCGGCCAAGGCCAUGAACGCAGGAGUACAGCUGGCGCGGCUUCAUCGCCAUCGCCCGAGAUGAUCGCUGCCCUAUGGGAGAGAGCGAGAAGCCCAGGUCUCAGCCAGGCAGAUCCAUUCGCUGCGGUGGCCAGUUUAGGUGCUGCCUCGCAACAGGGCAGUGACCUCGCUGAAGCGGCAGCACCGGGCGGCGAGGUGCUGGAUCAAGAGUGGGUCGGAGGUCUGGCCCGCGAAGAGCUCGAGGCUAUGCUGUUCCACGCAAGCUCAGUCAUUCGCGAUCGAGAGCGAGAUCUAGGCAUCGCUGCUGCCAUCGGGCAGGCGCUGCUCCAAAAGAACAUAUCCCUUCGUGGCCGCCAUGAGAAGGUCAUGAAUGAGCUUGACUCAUCGAUGGCGUACGACGACGACGACGACGAUGACGAAGACAUGGACGACGUCGCCGAGAAUUUCACUCCUCCAACCAAUGAUACCGUCGGAGAGGAUGAAACGCCUCUCGCCACCGAGCGCAGCGGCUACUUUGGCACAAGCUCUCCCGUCAAGGCCUUCCGACCAACUUACACUCCGUCACCCGCGAAGCAACGCCCGCCACUAAGCCAAGUGGUCUUCAAUGCUGGUCCAAAUACAGAUGGUCUCAUCCACUCACCGAGCGCUACAAGCCUUGCCGACUCUCAGCUCUCAAGCACGAGCGGAUACCGCAGCGCUACCCAACGUGGCGGGCGUGCAUCAACGCCGUAUGGCAUGCAGACUUCGGAGACGCAAAAGCAACUCUCCCUCCUCUCGACGCAGAAUGAGAAGCUCCUCGGCCAGCUGACAGAGCUGCAGGACGAAGCAGAAGAUGCCAAGCGUGAGGGCGGGAAAAAGCUGCGCAAAUUGAACAAAGAGAUCGAGGUUCUGCAAAUGGAGUUGGAGGCUGCGACGCAGAGAAACAGCGAGUUGGAGCAAGAGAACAAUGCGGCGAGUGGUGAUCGUGCAAGAGCCUCGCCAGACAAGGCUAGGAAAAGCUGGGCCUUCUCUCAGCCUGCUUCCCCUUCCAUCAGUCGCCGCUCCACCUCUCUCUCCCUCUCUACCAGCAUCUCGGGCGGAAUCGACGCUUUGCUGAGCAAGACAGGCGGCCACGACUUCGAUGAUGCCCAACGCGCCCUCGUAGUACGCCUGCUAGACAAGAUGAAGGAGCUCGAAGCGACAAAUAAGGUGCUGGAGGGCGAGAAGAAAGAGAGGGAGAGUCGCCUCGGAGCUGCGCUGGAGAAGGGAGUGCGCAUUUCGGACGAGUACGACGCUGUGCUCCACGCCCACGAAAGCACGUGGAGUCUCCGCGAUCACUUCAGUGGGGACACCAGCAGGGGUGGCUCACAGCUUUCGUCGGCGGUCAAUAGCCCGCAGCGUCACACCCAGCAGUCCAAGAGAGCGAUAGGAAAUCGGGUGCAGGUAGAGGGGAGGAAGACUGUAAGAACGGCAAUGCGUUACCAUGACGGCGAGGGAAUAGAGGUUGCCGGCAUAACUCCCUCCUCGACACUAUCGAGCUUGGCAAGCUCUUCUUCCUCCCUCUCCUCGCUCGCGGCGGGUCGAAAGCCUCGCCGCAAGCGCAGUGCCUUGGCUCUCAAUCGGCCACGCAUCCUUAUCACCCCGAGCAUGGAGGAUCUGGCUACUAGACGACGCGAACAAGCGGAAGGGUGGGAAGAUGAGAAUGUGGCAAGGUCUGCACAAGGCGCAGCACCGGACGCUGGCGAGCCUGGCGCUUCGUCCAAGGACGAGACGGCUGACACGCUGAUGCGCAGGACAAGGGAGAACUCACUCGACCCCAGCGACGCGAAUAAGAUCGCCUGGCAGAUGCGACGCUCCAGUCUUGAGAGCAUCGACGACAAUGCGCCUCGUACACCGGCCAAGCAGCGCAGAGCGUCUCCACCAAGCGCGGCCGCCUCUCCUGCCUCGGCAGCAGCGACGAGCGAUGGUGCCUACGAUCGGUACAUGGCCCAUUUCUCCAGCACUCCGGUCAAAGACGACAACGCUCAGCCGAUGACCACCCCCAGCGCUUCGCCUUGGCAGCGUCGUCCCUCUUCUCGCUUCUACCGGCGAAAUAGUGACGCGUCGCUCCAUCAGAGCCAGGAGGAGGGAGGUCGUCGUCACCAGCAGACCUUGGGCAGCGAGCUAGGUAGCGUAUUUGGAGAUCAGCGUACCCUAGACGGUGGGGACGACACACUGCGCGUCAACGAGACGCCUGCUUCAGGUCGCCACUUGCGAGCGGUCACCAGCUUCGAAAGCUUGCGGGCGCCCAGCGAGGCCAUGUCCGAUAUCGCUCAUCUCCGCUGGUCGUCGUACGGCGGCAAAGAGCUGGGCGGCCAGUCUUCGUCAAAUCACACGAUCGACGCUGGAGGAUACGAGGGCGCUGCUUCUUCUCCCUUGCGACUCACCGGAGCGGACAGCAGCCGUCAACUAGUACACCGUCGCACAACUCCCCACCUUUCUUCUUCUCUUGAAGGAGAAGAAGCUGACGACUCCCUCUGGUCCACCUCCCUUUCUCAUCCGCUCAUCUCUCCCGGCUCCCUCCGCGAUCGCCACCAAGAGCCAGGGGAAGAGCAGUACACUCUCCUCGGACAGAUGAGUAAAGAUCAGCCGGUGAUGUGGGCUGAUGAUGAGGACUACGGCGUGCCAUUGAAGGAGAGUGAGGCUCGACGCUUAGGCCUGGCACCAAGGAGAAAGGCGCUCCCCGCUUCGAUGACGGCAGGAGGAGGUAGUGGUGUGAGGAGGAUGCUUAGGGGGAGAACAAGUACAGCUGCCCUUGGGCUACUGAACUGGGUCACCGGUGCAGGCACUAGGGCAAACACGACGGACUCUCGCCCCUCUGCUGCUAUUCAGAGUGCCGAGCAGCUUCGCGAGGAGCGAGAGAGGGAAGAGAUGCUACGCGAGAAGUACCACAUUGCUCGGCAGCGGCGUAUCGGGCACCGCGCCCAAGAAGAACUACAUGAGGAGGACGACGACUGGGAAGUGCAGGAGCGCUCCAUGGCUCUGGCCUCUGCUGGAGCACUGACAACGCCGCAAAGACGUAAGGCGUGGUACAAUCGUCCCCGACCCAUGGGAUCACCAGUAAAAGGUGUAACGUACGAGCAGCCCCUCGUCGACUCCCAGCCUGGCCCGCAUCUUCCCUCUUCACCCUGCCCGACGCAGCCCAACCUUCCCACAUCAUCAUCAGCUCUCGCUCUUCGCUCCGUAACCUCUGCAUCUGUCCGACGCGGGCGACGCUCCACAGCCUCCGCAGCAGUGGAAGAAGUGACAGCGUGGGUCUCCCUCGUCUUCGUCCUUAUCCUCGCCUUCUUCGUCUCUGCAAGUAGGGGACCGAAGAGGAUCUUGGGUGGAGAAGAGGGACAAGAGUGGCGAGGCAAACAGAGGGCUGAAAGGAGAGAUCAAGAGGCUAGGAGGUAUAUCCAGUAUCGCAGCAAGCAGCAGGGAAUGGAGCGCGAUGAUGAAGGGAGUGAGGGACGCUUUCCUCGCUCUGCGCUCGCGGGCGCGAGGAGGAGAGGGCAGCGAGGAGCGCCGGAGGACGCCGCGUCCAGGAGCUCGAGAUAGUGCUUUGAUCGCCGAUGAUUGAGAUCUUGCGGUGCUCUACAUAUUUGAACCAUCACACACAUAUGCUAUAGCAUUUACCCUG